GGGGGGGGGGGGGGUUUGAGCAACAUGACAGAGAUCUGUCCGCCCCGUCUAUCGGCCCUAACCAUCUCCUAGGGAGGACUAUUUAUACUAACCGCAGGCGGCUGCAGAAAGAAAGGAGAGCGUUGGCUUCCCAAGCUGAUGGUACCGAAUUAUCGCCUGGACGAGCUGAAUGCAUGAUCGAUUGCCUGAAGUGGCCGGCGGUUGAGUUACACCAGUGCUCACCACCACAUAAUCUUAAUAACGGUCAAUAUGGCGCCUAUAUAUUCCCGCAGCUCCGGCGCCACAUUGAGUCCAUCGAACCCAUAGAGUGCUCCAUAGAAUGAUGGAAGAUGAACAGAGAAAAACAAGGCGAGCGAAAAGAAGAAGAAGCAGCAGCAAAAGUACAUUCAGGGGCCGAGAGCCGCUUCCGGAAGCGGACGCUUUUUAGGGCUUUGUUGCUUUGUCACCAUAGAUAAGAUCAGAUGACACGUGAUAUCGGAGAUAACGCCAGCGGGAGAAAAUAACACAGCAGGAAAAAGAGCCAGAAAGACAAAGACGGCGAGGAAGAAGCAAAGCAGAAGACCGACAGAGCAGAAGGUGUUGGCAUUGGGCGUGGUACUGAUAGUCUGAUAGCCUGGAGCGAGCAGAAGGAGAUUCAUCACUUCCUUCUUUCGGGAAACACAUGAUUUAAAAAACAGGGAAAAAUGGCUUCCUUUACAAUCAGGGUGCCUUGCUCAUCCGCCAAUAUCGGCCCUGGAUUCGAUGUCAUUGGUGAGUUCCGGUCAAUCUGGGUUCAAUAAAUCUCCUAUCCUCGAGUAUCACUACUGCCAGGCAUUUUAACCCGGUGAAGGUCUCAUCGAAGGCCAGGAUCAUCCCCAGACAAGCAUAAACCCCAGAUGGCAUGGGCUAACGAUAUACCAUGCUAGGCUUGGCACUAUCUAUAUUCCUUGAGCUGCAUGUCACGGUGAAGGCCCCCAGCUCGUCUUCAUCUUCCAGCCUUCGAUUAAAUUGCGGAAUAACAUAUGAAGGAGAGAACCCCGAUGAAGUCAGUCUUGACCCUGAAGUAAAUUUAAUUACCAGAGUGGCACUUUACGUGCUCCGGUGCCACAAUCACCAUGCAUUUCCCGUCGAGUGUCACGUACACAUAAAAAACCCGAUCCCAUUGGGACGUGGAUUGGGAUCCAGCGGUGCUGCGGUGACUGCAGGUGUCGUCCUGGGCAAUGAGGUCGGAAAGCUAGGCCUCAAUAAGGCCAGAAUGCUAGACUAUUGUCUCAUGAUAGAGCGCCAUCCCGAUAAUGUUGCUGCUGCUCUGUAUGGUGGCUUUGUUGGCACAUAUCUAAACGAACUAAGGCCUGAAGAUUUAGCGUGGAAGGAAAUCCCCCUUAGCGAAGUGCUUCCCGCCCCCGCUGGUGGAGUAGAUACUGGCAUCAAACCACCUGAGCCGCCAGUUGGAAUCGGCCACUACAAGAAAUUUCCCUGGGCAAAGGAAAUUAAAGCUAUUACUAUCAUACCCGAAUUUGAACUUCCCACUGCAAAAGCAAGAGAGGUCCUCCCACAAACAUACUCGAGAGCUGACGUGAUAUACAACCUCCAGCGUGCAACCCUACUUCCUUCAGCACUGGGUCAAUCUCCCCUUGAUCCUGACAUGAUCUAUCUUGCGAUGCAAGAUAAGGUGCACCAGCCUUAUCGUAAGCAUUUGGUGCCUGGAUUGACUGAAAUCCUAAGUUCAAUGAAUCCAACCAACCAACCGGGCCUGCUUGGCAUUUGCCUUUCAGGGGCAGGUCCAACGAUAUUGGCUCUUGCGACAGAAAAUUUCACGCAAAUCGCUGAAAGAAUAAUAAAGAAGUUCGAGGCCAACAAUGUCCGAUGUAAUUGGAAGGUGCUAGAGCCUGCAGAUGAUGGUGCUACCGUAGUUUAUGAUAAAUAAUUAGCUGAUAUGGCCAUAAAGAACUAUUCUUGCCAUCAACCCGUCGUAUUUCUAGAAAGGGCAGUUGAUUCAUCUCCAUGGUAAAAGCAAACAUAUUAUUUGAGGUCCGAUGCGUAUUGUAACUACUGUGGGCGUUUGUUGAUCAGUUAUACAGGCUGUUUUUGAGAUGUAUUUGGAAUAUACCCUAAAUUGUCUCUGUUUCAUUACAAUGCACCUACUGAGAAUGGUUUCCAGCGUGCUAAAACAUCCCCUCCAUGUCCAAAUCAAUGAACUCUGGGUUCCCAACACCCAUAUCUGUAGGAUUUAACAUGUCGUCAAAAAUACUUGCAUCCAUAUCUGACUGGGCCAUAGUUACUUCGGUACCAGCGGGUGGUGCAGUCACCCCUUCUGCCGUAGCUGCAUCCAGAAUUGCAUCUAUAGUGCCAGGAGUCGCAUCGGUUCCGGUAGCGGUGAGAUUUUGGUGCUGUUGGUCUUGCUGCUCCGCCUGCUGAGCUACGUCUAUUUGCAUCUGUCUAUCUUCUUCGACGCCCGUAAGGUCCAUAUUUGCCAUGAUAUUACCAACGUCAAUAUUUUCAACUCCCUGGGGUAUUUGCGGAAUAGAAGUGAGGGUAUCAACACGUCUAGCCAGCCGAACAAUGAGCUCAGCUCGGUGAGGUUCAUAUUCUAUCACCUUGGAGAGAGACUCUCUCUGAAGGUUAAGUGCAUAUCUGAGAUUGAGCAUUUGGCGGUGGGGCAAUGAAUCCUUUAAAGAACCACCCACUGAUUGAUACGCUGCUUGUUCCAAUGAGAAACACUCACGCAUCGGAGCACAUAUCAAAGUUGCCGCGAUAUCAAUGGCCAGGUCACCACUCCCGGUUUCACUCUGCAACUUAAGUUCUUCGAGUAUCCCCGCUAGAAUUCGGACAGAACCUAGAUGUUUCAAUCCAGCUAAUAGUUGCCUAUGGGUAUAGCUUGGGGGAGUCAUACUAAUCUCAGGAUCUGUGCUCCAGAGUACCAGUGACGAGAAUGUGUUUCGAAUCCCAGUGACCAUUCCACCAGGGGCAGAGCUGGAUCUCCAUCCUUCCAAUUCGGAACGGCUAGAAGUGCCCGUCCGCUGAAAGGACUGAUACGGUUCAAGUGCUUGAAGGAUGGGUUCAAUGUCUGUUCUCAAAGGGUGACGGGCCUUUGCAGUUCUCAGUUCAUCGGCAAGUUCCCGUGCCGUGAUGGACAGUACUGUACGAUGGAUUUCCUGAGCCUCUCCAGAUAUAGAAGUAGGCUUUACAAGGGUGGCUAGAAGUUUUAGGGUAGUAGUGAGGUCGGUGCCAGACUUCCAAAUAUGUUUGCCCAUCCACGAUAGGGCCAUCACCAGCGAGGGUAGCAGGAAAGGCUCUAAUAGGUCUUCUAGGUUGUUAAUCCAAUGCACUUCAAGUAACCUAGUCCAAGGUAGAGCAGAAAGAUUGACUUACACUCGAAUCCACCCUUGAGCGUUUCAAACUCCAGCUUUCCGGCUUCACACGCACUCAAGCUCUGGCAGAAUAGUGUAGCAACUAGAAGAUAAAAUUCUUGCGGGCUACAAGAGGACAUGGAUUCAUCACUAAUUCCUUCAGCGAUAAAUAGUGCUGUAAUCCACGCUCCAAGGUUCUGCUGUUGUUUCUCCGUCAAAUCCUCCAGCUUUUGACUUGAUGAACCUUUCUCGAGUAAUCGGCACAUAAAUGAAUCCGGGUUGAAAAUCCCAAGGUCUUGAUAACUCAGAUCAUAUUUAUACCUGAAAGCAAGAACCAGGAGAAGAACACUUCCAAAUUCAUCGUAGACAGGCUGGCUUUCCCCUGCGUGUUGUUAAUAACGGUUCAUUCAGUCAAGUUCAGAUUUAAGUAUUACCUUGAUCUUCCUCCCACUUCCAGGAGUCCAGCAAGGCACAAAGAGGUUGCAAUAUAGCCUGUGGGCUCUUAAAGAGUAGCAUGAUGUCCAGUGUCUGCGGUCUACGCGACAAGGAAUUGCAUAAACCCUUCAAUGUCAUGGUAUCCUUUCUCAAACACAUAUUAUGCAUCACCUACGUUGUCCAUGUUAUCCAUGUUAGUGCUUUGGAGAAUCUUGGUUCUAUGGAAAGCCCAUACCUCCGCUAUAGCCUCAACAAUUGCCCUUGCGUUGCCGUCCAUUGACUCGACACCAUUCAGCAAUUGCUCUGCCCUUUCAUGGCUAUUGUUUAUCUGAGCAACUAGAUCGUGUUUGACAAAUCUUCCCCCAUUCGGCAAUGUUUGCAUUGGGUUCUCUCCCAAAAGGCGUUCAAUGCUUGACUCGGGUAUUAAUUUAUGCAAGGCACACGAGAAAAGAAACUCUUGUCUCACGUCAGACAAAACCGAAUUACCAUGGGUAGAGAAUAUUUCUGAAAAUGAUGGGAACGUGUUUGGGUCUACCCGCGCUAAAGCACGAGUGAUACAUAGUUCAACUGGUAUUGGUUCUACCACCGAUCCUGCUAGGUCUGACAGGAACGAAGGGAGUUUGUUGACGAGAAAUGCCCGGAAGAGAAACAUCGAUUGCUGUGGCUCGUUGCGGUACAUUCCAUUUGAUAGAACAUCAAAUGACGCUGUGAUAAGCUCUUCAACAAGUGCCAUGUGGUUCCCCUAUGAUAUAUGUAAGUGUGUGGUUGAGAUAAUGCUAGAUAAUAGACUUACCCCGUAGCGAUUAUUCAGAUAAUUAAUAAGAAGAUUAUCAUCUAUCAAAGGUCGCCCUACGAGCUAUAGCAUGUUGUUUAGUAUAGUUGAGGAGAAUUCGUGGCCCAAGUAUACAACAUACCAGAGAGUUGAUAUAUAUAUACAACCCAGCCCUAGAGCUUACUGGAGGAAUGUCCACAACUCUAGAUUCAAACUCCAAGGUGGAAACAGCGGUAUCCUCUAUAACAUGAUCUUGAUUUGAUUUUUCACCUUUCAGGAAAAGGCUAAAUUCCUUCUGCAAUUGAUCAAGCCUGUUUCGUAAGGGAAUGGAUAUCUCAGCACAUAUAGGAGAGUAUGCUGUCAAGGCUCGGGCCAGCUUCAUUCGCUGGUGUUUAAAUGCUUAUACUGUCAUUAGAAACUGAGGACGCCACGACACAAUUCGUUUUCAGGGAUAUGAGUUGAGUUGCAAGUUGAACCCCCUUAAGAACUUACUUCCUGAGUGUUGAAAUGAUAGUGCGUUUGCACCCACUUCCGUUCCUGCUAAGGCUCCGAAAAGAAAACCGACAGCUAUGAAUAUGGAGACCACAUCAGGAGAGGCUAACAACUGUGUUCCACUGCCCUCACCCUUUUCUGACCCCAGAUGAGCAUUCCACGACACUAGGGCUAAAAUCCAGUCGGCUAUAGCAGAACAAGUAUCCAUGAACUCAAGAGCUAUCUUUGGAGCAUGGCCAGUGGUCACAGCGGUAAUCACAUUUUGUAUGAUGCCAUAAUCGGUUAAUAGAGUGGCGGGCCCUUUAGAGUCCGCAGGCUCCGUAGGCCCUUGCUCGUCAACAUUUUGGUCCGUAUCUUGGUUUUGUGCUUGAUUUUGUUUCUUCCAGCGCUGAAUAUCGGACUUGAUGCUCGAGUGAGCUAGGAGAGAGGGCAAAAUAUUAAAUAGCUCGACCUGUGUUAGCUUUUGGACGGCAUCCACAUAGUCUGGUAUUAAUGGGUCCCAGUCAAAAUCCGUGACUGCCCUCGAUUCUAGGAUAACAUCAAAAAGAUCCAUAUGUGAAAUAGGGUGGCGGCGUAGCAUCACUUUGGCUAGGUUGUAAAACUCAUCCGUGCUGAUUCUUUGGAGAAGGCAUUGGCGCAAAAAUUUCUGCCAUUCUGGUCGUGAAGAUCCAGACAGCCGUUUCAACAGUGAGACCAUACUGUAGGUAUCAAAUUUCUUCGGGGAACAGAGGCCACUGCGAAGGGAACCAGUAUUUCAUUCCGUUAAGCAUGAAAAGAAUAGCAAUAGGCCAAGGGUAUGUAUAUAUAUAUACUUGUAGCAUACAGAAGCGUUUGAUAAGCUUAAUAUAACAAGACCAGAUACUUGUACCAGCACUAAGCUGGGUGGUUAAGAAUAUGAGGCUUCUCGUAGAUGGUUGUCGACCCGACGUAGUCUUAUGUUCCUUUUAUUCCCCAAAGCUGGAGGUUGUUGCAAUGAAGAUUAUAUAAGCGAUAUAUUAUUACAUAACUAAUCAGUGAAUGACGUAAUCCAUUCCUUUCUUCAUUUUAUCGCUCCCGUCACCCAUGGCUAGUAGCAGGAAGAGGUAGACUUUUCUAUCAGGUCUCUAAAAUUCUAUCUAUGCCUUAUAAUGCAUUUCGCAGUUAAUGCCAACGUUUGCCCCAUCAUGAUCGUUGUGAUGGCGGAUGCGCAACCUUGGAAGGAAACAUGCACGUGAUGUAAAGUCACGUGAAUAUGCUUGUUCCGGCUUAUAUAACCCACGGUGUUUUCGUUUAUCACAUGAUGCCCACGUGGUUAUGCCUGCUGCGCCACAAGUUCAACGACCAGCUUCGAAAGUGCGUCUCUGGGGGGAGGACGAGGGCGUUGAAGAACAGGCGCCAGAGGCGAGAUACAGGCAGUUUUGCGACUGCUCUGUGCUGUGGCUGAACGUUGGUAUUCUAGAAUCUUCGGAUCAUGUAUUACACGCUUGCGUCACACCUCGGAUUCCAUGCAGUAGCUGGACAUAUCGAACUAGCACCACGAAAUAAUUUGCCACGACCACAUGGGUAUCGCAACAAGGGCGUUUGCAAUAGCGUCUUCGGGCCCAGUGACCCCAUUUUAGUAGUAGGCGACGAAAUCAUUUGCCAUAGCUAUUGCUAUAAGUCUCACCCGUGGAUAAAUCAUCGUCGGUCUCGAGGAUAACGCUAGCGGGGUCGUGGUGCAUGUGCAAGUGAACCCGGGCGAGUAUAGCUGCAAGGCAUUCCUAACACAUUUGCCUCCCUCAUUUGCCAUUCCAUAGCACACCUAUGAUCUGAGGAAUGUACCUCGUACUGAACCUAACCUAUCUCUAGAAUUGACUCAAUUGACCACUUGAUUGACCAAUUAGAUUACGGAUGGCAGCAGUCAAAUGUUAGAAAACGAGGUGGCUUAAGUUGAUCAAGGCACUUGCUUUAUCAUUAAUAAGUAAUAUCAGGGCAAUGGAAAUAUCGAAUCCCUGAUAGAUGAUAGAUACCUAAGUAUUUGUUUACCUCGAAAAUAAGAAACAGAAAAAACUACUGGUCCCUCUUUUUUACCUUCAUCUGUCGUCUCCUUACGCCAAACCAUGACAGGGAAAAUAGUAAUGAGACCGGAAUGUGAAUGUAACAAGCGAGCGGAGGGUAUACAAAGAUUGCCGCCUGAAGGAAAAUAUAAGGAAAGGAAAAGAAAGAUAGAAACCUUCCCCCUUCUUCUAGUAGGGGAGGAGGAAAGCGGCUGGAGGGUGUUAUGAAAUAUGCAUAUGAGAAUCGUUGCCGUAGGUAUCAUUCGUCGUCGUCAAUAACUAUUACUUUGCUCUUCUUCUUCGUCUGAUUUAUCACUUUGUCAGGUCAUUUAAGACCUCGUGCUUCUGCUGUGUCUCGAGUAUGUGUUCGACUGGCGGUCUGCCAUUUCAUCCGGUGACCGCGGGCCAAUCAUCCAAUCUUCCAUAGCUAGCCACUCACUCCAGCUCUUCUCCGCGGCUUCAAUCUCAGAGUUUUCUGAACCCUGCAAUGGCCUGAGGAAUGGAAUGGUCUCGAGGGGCAGAAUGUCGUAGUCCUUCUUUACGGCCGCCCAUCCUCCGCUCUUGGCAGCAAAGAAGAAGUUGCGGCGUUCUUGUUCAUGUAAAGAGCCAAUCCCUGAAGCCCAGUCGUCACCGAAAAACCCAUGUAGAACUCCCGGGUAGUCCAUGCCUGUUGCAACUAGUCGACGAAUAUAGGGUACCAUAGAUACACUUGGAGCAACAGGAGCCCCUGAAGGUUGACCACCGGGUGGGGUGGAAAGGGCAGCAUCGGUCGCGGAAUUGAAGAUAGGGGUGGGUUGUCUCUGGAAUGGGAGAUGUAUGUUUAGGAAUGAAGAAAGAGCCUGUACAGGAACCGUGUGUUGGGCGUGGUCGAGGAAAUAGCGUUGGCAACUCUGGUAGCGUGGGUACCAUUCAAAGAUAUCGAACGGGGUGUCUUCAGGGCGCUGAGAGGCUUCGGACAUGCCUGCCCUAACCACCGAAUCGUAGUGGACGCGAGGAUCAGUCGACAUCGUAGCUUCGGACGCCUCUAUAACCUGACUACUUUUUCUACUGCUGAACCCUUUAGCGCUCCGUUGGUCAUGUCAACGUCAAAUCUCAAAUCCAUGUUUUACCCUCCCGAGUCAUGAAUAUACCCCCUGAUUUUCCUCUCCUUACAUGCUCGGUGGCUAGAAACGGGAUAGGGAAGGGGGUUAGAGCAACAGUUGCUGCGGUCCAAAGUACAGAACCGUCCUAAGAUUUGGGGGUUGGUAUAUACCUGUUUCCGGUCCACGCCUUCCGUAGAAAAGGCCAAUUUGAAGCACGAAGUAAAAGAACAGCUGAUAGGAGUUUCCUGAAUAAAUUUGGAUCUCUCUCGGGUAUCUGCUUCCCUAUGGACAUUGGCUGGGAGGCGUGUUUAUAGACUGCUGGCGCAUAAAAAAAGCGCAAGGUACAGCGUACGGCCCGAGCUAAAACAGCAAAUUAAAAAAAAUAUGAAUAAAAAACCAUAAAAAGGGCGAAGGGAACGCAAUAAUCCCCGUCAAUGAGGUGUAAGGCGGAUUACUAUGGGAGACCGUAUAUGCAGACCACACUUGCCAACAAGAAUUGAGCAAACCUGGGUGGAAACGAGGCGUAUUAUAGGAAAGGGAGCUGAAAUAAAGUGACUUGUGCCUGGGUAGCGAUUGACAUUUUAAAACAAUGGGGGAAUCUGGUCUCGAUACGUCAGUAGAGGAGAAAGAUAUAGGAGAAAAAGAAAGGUAGACAAAAACCCCCCUUCGGCCUACUUGGCGUGGAGGCGAAAGUACGGAGUGGGCAUCUGAAGGACGAAAUGAGAAUCCCACUCAUAGUUGAACUAGAAGAGAAAGAAAAAGAAAUUGAAAGUAAUAGAGGCGCUACAAGGGUUGGAUGUAAGUUAGUCAGAAGGGUUUGAUCUUUUGGCGGAAGGAAGAAACAUGCUCCACUACCUCUCCUGCGAUGGACUUGCAUUGCGUGUGGAGCUACUUUGGGCUGGUUUAAGGGCUGAUUCUUUCUGGGCUGUAUGGGAGUUUAAUUCGGGAGGCAAAAAAAAAAAAAAAAAAGCUGUCAGUUUGCCCCUGUUAAAUUAAUGAACAUUUACGUUUUGAGGAAGGACAGUUACCGAAAGCAUGAGGUGCAUUAUUUAGCGGCGCAUGUGCAUCGGCAUCAACGUGUACCAUAAUCGAGAUGUUGAGGCCAGUGGUCGAUUCCACGGAUGUUUACUCCGUAAAGGCUGAGGUGUAUGACAGAAUAGGGGCCAUCUCGAACAGGGCGAGUUGGGGGGAUCCGUCUCAUAGGAGCCAAACUAUCUCCAACCAUUUUAUCGACGGUGAUCUUCGUGAAUUCCCUAGCUCAUUUAUCUCCGUGAACGUAGAUUGGGUAGUCAUAUGGAGUACGGAGUAUGCGUACGUUUAAUGCCCAACAUGAAGAGAUCGGUCAAGCAAGGGGGAAGGAGAUGGGGUGUCCGUGUUUCAUAGUUUUUUUCCAUGUCAAAGUCUCGCAGCCGCCAGUAUGCAGAGACACUACUCCGUAGUUUUGACCUUGCUUAUCAAUUUAGGUUCGUCUCCGGCUUACCUAGCUGCAGUGACCACUCCAAGGGCUGCAGAAGCGAUCUAUGGAAAAAGAUGGGCCUCCUCAAGUCUCCCAGUCUCCAUAUUCGUAAUCGAGGGAAUACAGUGUCGUCACUGCAGGCUGUAUCUCGCAUGAAAGUGUGUC